AGCCCCGCCCCCGUAUCGUUUGCCCCGUCGCAGUAUUUUGAUGGAAACGACGGGAAAUGGUCGACGUUUGUUGUGCGCGUAGGCACGCCCGAGCAGAGCUUUCGCGUCCUGCCGUCUACUGUAACCAGCGAGACGUUUCUCCCUCUAGCCGGGGCCUGCAAAGAUAACCAGACUAUAAGCAAGCAAGACUGCGCCUUUUCGCGUGGAGCAGAGAUUUACCAGGGCAGAACAAACAAUGGCUUCCAGGCCAAUCUCUCCAGUACAUGGCAUGAGAUUGGCAUAUACCAGACAGCCACGCGCGAAGAGCUGGGAUACAACGCGUCUGGUCUCUACGGUCUCGACACGCUCGGCCUGAUGAUUGCAAACUCUGGGGGGCCCACCCUGACGAACCAGACCAUUGGCGCAGUCAUAAAUCCACGGCUGUGGGUCGGAUGGCUAGGCAUGGACGUCAAGCCUAGUAACUUUUCCGAUUUCGAAAACCCCCAGCGCAGCCUGAUCAAGACGCUGAAAGACGAGGGCUACAUUCCGAGUCUAAGCUACGGCUACACUGCCGGCGCAUACUACAAAAAGCCAAAUGUAUACGGAAGCCUGACCUACGGCGGCUACGACCAGUCCCGCUUUGUCCCAAACAAUGUCACCUUUCCCUUUGACGCCAACGACAGCCGCAAGCCCAGCCUCAGCAUCCAGAGAAUCGUCACGCAGAACAUGUCGGACAGCAUCGUCAGCCUGCUACCCGACAAGGCCCCCUACACCCUCAUCGACUUUGCGGAGCCCCAGAUCUGGCUGCCGGUAUCUGUAUGCGAUCAAUUCGCCCUGGCGUUCAAUCUGACCUACGACAACAGUACAGACCUGUACCUCGUCGACCCCGCCACCCAUGCAAAGCUCCUAGAAACCAACCCGACAGUGACCUUUGCACUCGGCCAGACUCCCUCUGACCUCUCGGGGACCGUGAACAUCGUCCUCCCUUAUAGUGCCUUUGACCAGCAAGCCUCGUACCCCAUCUACGACACCCCAACAAACUACUUUCCCAUCCGCCGCGCAUACAACGAGUCACAGUAUACCCUCGGCCGCACGUUCUUCCAGGAAGCGUACGUCAGGAUUGACUAUGAACGCAGCAACUUUUCAGUCCACCAGGCGCUGUUUCCGGCCCCCGACGACAAGCAGCAGAUUGUGCCGAUAUCGAGUCCAGACGUAAAAGUAAGGCCGAGGGGGCUUGGAAGGGGGGCAAUAGCCGGGAUCGCCGUGGGGAGUAUCUUGAUGCUGUUAAUUUUAUUGUCUGCCGCGCUCUGCUUUUGCCGCCGGAGAGCAAAGAGAGUCAAGGAG